GGUUUUAGAUAAUUCUUAACUCCUUGUGAUCAUGAAUCUUCAAGAAAAACUAUCAGGCCUCAAAGGUCUGGUCUCGCACUCUCACAGCAAGCGUCGCCAUAAAGGGGACCUCACGGUGGAUAUGAUCAGCCCUCCGCUCGGCGACUUCCGACACACCAUGCACGUGGGUCGCGGUGGUGAUGUCUUUGGGGAUACGUCCUUCCUGAGCAAUCAUGGCGGGACAGCCGCUGAAAAUAACGGGGAGACAGAUUCAGUCUCUUCACCGGACAACAAGAUCGGGGCGUUCUUCUCCAGAACACUUCGGCAGAUCAGGAGGGGCUCUGACAACCGACCCAGAGAGGGAUCGAAGGACCUGUCCCCACCGCCGCCUGCCAUUUCUCCCAUCAUCAAGAACGCCAUCUCCCUCCCCAGGCUAGAUGUGGACGUGUCCAACGGGAGUCCCACGACCAAAGUGCUUUUCUCCAGUUCUCAGAGCACACCAGAGGAGAGGAAGAGCUCGUACGGUGUGGAGUCUGGCUUCGUCACGCUGCCCCGUCUUUCCCGCUCUGAGCGCCAGCAGUCAUCCGUCUCCAUCCCCGCCCCGACCAACAUUCACCGAGGCUCUCUGACCGACCCAUCUGAUGCCAUUUUGUUCAGCGGCUCCACCUCGAUGGUGACCUCCAAGCCCAAACACACAGCAUACUCCGACUCCCUCCCUUCCCUCGCCUCCCUGGACACCUUCACCUUUGACCUGGGCCCCUCUCUCCUGAGCGAGGUGUUCAGCCUGAUUGACGGCCACUCAGAUGAGUGCCUUCCCAAAUCAGAAAAUGAAGAGGAGGAGGAGUUCAGGCCGACCAGUGAAGGAUCGGAGACGGGCUCGGCUACUCUCUCAUACGUGGAUUCCUUGCUGAGGGAGGACUGUAGGAGCGGGAAGAGCCCACCUGCAAAUGACUUUGAAGAGGCUGAAAUUGUGCCGAAGAUGAACAGAGUUGAGUUCUCCGGUAAAGUCCCAGAUGUGUUAAUGGGGUCUCGUGUAGGGAUAAGGAUGGAGAGCGAGCGGUUCCAGAGCGCUACAGAUGUGCUCACGUGUCCCUACGACGUCAGCUUCUUAAAGAGACACAACGGCAUGGAGUGUGGAGAGCCGGAGCUGGUCAUCAUGAGCCAGCCAAAGAAAAAACCGUCCUACAGUUUCAUGGAAGACGAGGAUGAAAUCAAAGUCUGACGCAAACAAAUCCAAGAACUCUGUUUAUUGGGUGAAUUAUUCCUUUAAAAUUCAAACCCAACUACCGUAUUUUUCGCUGUAUAAGUUGUGUUU